UUUUGAGGUUGCGAUAACAUAGAGUAAUUAUAUUUUCAACUUCAACCCUUUGAAAAAGGCAAAAAGAAUCACCAACAUGAAUCAGGGUUUUAAGUUCCUUAGGUUACUCUCCCAAAACAAUCCUGUUUCAAAUUCCCAGAUAAGAAAUUAUGCUUUCAAGAGUAAUUUGAAAAUUAAAUGGGUUCGGCCUGCCAAAAUACCAUGUUUUGUUCCUGAAAAAUCGGGUGAUCUCGAAGGCUUGCCUCAAAUAGAUAAAACUCAGAUAAGGGAUGAAUUCAAACAUUGUCAUGAAUUGGAAACAGCUAAUGAAUUGGUAAAGAAACUAUUCACAUAUGAGUUUGCACCAAGGCGAUCAACAGUUGCACAUGUUAUAAAAUCAACUGCGGACAGAGUAAGGAGACAUAAGAAUGAUAAUGGUUCUCAUGAAGUGACUAUUGCUAAGUGGACAGGUGUAAUUCGAGCAUGGCAAGAAACUAUGGAAAGAUUUCCUCGUAACACCAGACUAAAGGUUCAUUUGAAAGAAUUAAUAGAUAGAAGAAAAAAAUAUCUGAAAUAUUUACGCAGAUGGGAUUAUAAGAGAUUUGAGUGGGUACUUGAUAAUUUAAACUUGAAGUAUAAGCCAAUGCCCUUAGAUGUUCAUUGGGUAACAAGAAAAGAUUCUUUGAGGAAACUCACAGAUAAGUAUUGUGAGGAUCUUAAAAAAGAAAAACUAGAUAAAUUGAAGCUCCAGUUAGAAGCAGAACAGCCUGCAUUUCUAGAGGAAAAAAUUCGUUGCCUAGAAUUCAUUCGGGACGAAGAAAAAGCCUGUGGGAUUGAAACAACCAUAAAUCAAGUAGAAAUCGAUGAUGUAAAACUGAAACUGGAAGUCCUGCAAAAGAGAAAUAUGGAGAGGAAAAAAGAACUAGAAGAAAUGGAUUUAUGAGACAAUAAUCUCAUUAGAAUACCCUUUUGAAUUUCAAAUAUAAUUUUUUAUUUGUCAGUGCAUUAUAUAGUUACUCUGUAUUAAAAUAUUUCCUCAG